UAAGCAUAUGGAUUGGCUUUCUACCUUUUCCUAUCCACGAAAUCUCUCCAUUGAAUAAAAAUAGAGAAACAGACUUUGUACACCAACAAAACAGUCUCUGUAGUGAAGAUACAAAUCCAGGAGAAAUUCUCCAAGGAGAAAAUGUUACGCAGUCCUAAAUUCUUGCAAUCCUCUCAAUUUCUUCAUCCGCCAAUACCACCAUCACAUCCUCCACAACUUCAAAACAUACCCACUCUCACACCUUUUCCCAUCAUCAAACAAUGCUGCAAAUUCUCACGGAGAGAGCUUGCAAUUGGAAGCAGUUCUUCGUUGCUUCUCCUCUUGGGCUCUCAAAAUCUUGAGCCAUUCCUCCAGUCCAGGGCACAAGCUGAAGAAAACAUAGCAGACACCAACAUAAAUGAAGGACAAGAGGAAAACUCAAACGCCACUCCCAAUUGCACUAAUAAAAACCCAACAAGGAAAGCAUUCCUUGAUAUAUCCAUUGAUGGAGAACCUGUUGGUCGCAUCAUCAUCGGGCUAUAUGGGGAUGAUGCCCCGGCUGGAGCUGCUAGAUUCAGCAAACUUGUCAGUGGAGCUGCUGGUAUAAGCUACAGAAGAAAAGAGUUCAUUAAAAUCAUGCCGAAUUAUGUUCAACAUGGUGGAGUUAGAUCCUAUGGUGUGGAUGUUGAACUUGCAAAGAGCACCGGAAGUGAUUUGGCAGCUGAAAGUCUCAUUGAUGAAUGGCAGAGAUCAUAUGAGAAGUGUCCAGGGACAAAGAACCUGGCUGGAACUGUGAGCAUCAUUGUGAGGAAUCCUUUAAAACCGCCUCCAAAAUUGAAGGUGGUAGCACGGAAAGGGAAGCUGGAGAUUGAUCAAGAGGAGGUUGGAAUAGACCCGAAUGGGACAGAAUUUGCGAUUACCACCAAGGAUUCUCCGGAGCUGGAUGCAUCAGCUUUAGUUGUUGGAAAAGUUUUGGGAGGAAUGGAAGUUGUGGAGAGGAUUGGACAGGUGAAGACUGUGAGUGAGAACACUAGUUCCCCGUAUUUUAGGGUGGCCAAGCUGAUAGGCGAUAAGAGGGCUGUCGUGGCAGAAAGAGGCUUCAACCGUCCUUACUCAAAGGUGGCUGUCACAAAUUGCGGCUUAAUAGAGUAGCAUCAAUUGAUGUACCCCACAACCUGUUUCUUCUUUUCUUUUUUUUCUUUUUUUAUUAUUAUAGCUGGAAGAGAGAACAUUUCUUUGUAAAACAGUAUAAUUCAGUGUUGUCCGGAAAAAAAAAAAAAAAAAAGCCUCAAUACAUUCUUUUAGUAUUGUAA